AUGUCGGAAUCGAUUUCAAAUUUAAACAUAAAUUCGUCAAUCGAUGAAACAAGCGAAAUUGAAAAAGAAAUAAAAGAUAAUUCAAAUUUAUCAACGCCACAUCAAACGUUCGAUUAUACGCAAAACACUCUUUCGAUUUUAAAUAAAACGUUAAAUCAACGUAAAUAUUAUGCAAAUGUUAUGAAAAAAGACGUCACAAAUAGCGUUUUCGAUGUUUUCGAUGAUAUAAAUCGAAAGGAAAGUUUCUGUUCGCUUGGAAUUUUUAUUAAAUAUAAAUUAAAUUGGAGUAAAAGUUUAAGUUCGUCCCCGACGGUCGAUUAUGUAACGAAUUCAUCCGAGAAAUUUAAUAUCGAAAGAGAUUUUAAGGGGCAAUUUGAAGAAAUGAAUUCAGAAGUGUCACAGUCUUCUAUUUUAGUUGAUAGUGAUAAUGAUAAUGAUAAUGGUGAUGAUGAUUUAGAUGUGGCGAUUUCAGGGAAAAGGGCCGUCGUCGAUCCACUUCCGUCGAUGUCUUCUGGCGACACGAGAAAUGCUAUGGCGGAGUCCAAUAAAUCAGCCACGUAUCGCACUUUUGAAAAAAUCGGUUAUUUAUCAGCUGAUGUAAGAAAAGAAAGCGCUGAAGAGCAGUUUAAUCGCGUUGGUCCAGAUGCGCCAGCCGACACCGUUACAUUCACGGCUGAUCCCGAUGAAUUGUACGUUCCGCAAUGUGAACGGAACGGCAGCGUUGUCGACUUAUUCUGCGAUAUGUUGGCGGACGAACGUUUCACGCAAACUUUAUUUUCACAUUUCUUAACGAACGAGGAAAUGCAAAUAGCGAAAAAUGAUUAA